AUGUAUCUCGAUUUCCGCUCACAGGUAUUCGUGUCGAUCGUUGUACUGGGCGCUGUCGCAUACGUCCUCAUCAGGCGUUUCUUCAUCCGCCGUCAAUUCGCACGCAAACAUGGCUGCCAACCUGUAGCGGCAAACAUCAAUAAGGAUCCCUUGCUGGGCCUUGAUACAAUUCCCGGGAGCAUCCGCGCCCGCAGGCAGCACAGACUUCUUGAACGGAAUUGCGAGUUCUUCGCUCUCUACGGCAACACCAUUGCGGUGAAGGAGCUGCAUAGACGCGCUAUCGUGACGAUCGAGCCGGAGAACAUCAAGACGGUCCUCUCGCUCAAAUUCAACGACUAUGGCAUCAGCCACCGCCUCGAAGCGUUCAAACCGCUGUUGGGGGAGGGUAUAUUCGACACGGAUGGCGACCACUGGGCCGCGUCGCGCUCCCUCAUCCGACCUAGCUUCGCCCGUCACCAGGUGGCCGACUUGACCACGUUUGAGAAUCUGAUCCAGGACCUGUUCUCGUUGCUUCCGCGUGAUGGGAAGACAGUCGUGGACCUGCAGGAGCUAUUCUUCCGCUACACCAUCGAUUCAGCAACUGAGUUCCUCUUCGGACAAUCCGUCGGUUCUUUGAAAGAGACUCAGGAGGGGCCCGAUUUCGCCGGGGCAUUCCAUUACGCGCAAAAGGCGACGAUCAUACGGGGCAUGCUAGGCCCGCUGAGAAUGUUCUGGCGUGAUCAGGAGGCUGACAGGUGCAAUCGCAUCUGCCGGGACUUCGCCCGGCCGUUCGUCGACGAGGCAUUCCGCGCAGUCGAGGCCAGAAAAGGGAACCGAGAAGUACGACAAGAUGAGACAGGUCGGGAGAAGCGCAUAUUCUCACACGAACUGGCCUCGCGGACGGCCGACGGGCACCGUGUUCUGGACGAGGUCAUGAAUGUCUUGCUAGCUGGUCGCGAUACCACUGCCAGUCUACUCAGCAAUCUGUUCUUCAUGCUGGCCAAACACCCGGCGAUAUGGGCUAAGUUGCGCGAAGAGGUAGCUUGCCUUCAGGGCCGCAUACCAACUUACGAGGAGCUUCGCAACCUUCCAUAUGUCCAGUACUGUAUGAACGAAUCGCUUCGCUUACAUCCGGUUGUACCACGCAAUGAGCGCAAGGCGAUAAGAGAUACUGUCCUACCAACUGGAGGAGGCAAGGAUGGCCUCUCGCCCGUCUUCGUGCCUGAAGGCACCAUAGUGGCGUACAAUCUAUAUGCCAUGCAUCGGCGGACAGACUUCUACGGACCGGACGCCGAAGAAUUCCGCCCGGAACGCUGGGAGGACGAAAGGCUGCGGCCACGGUGGGGAUAUCUGCCCUUCAAUGGCGGCCCGCGCAUCUGCGUCGGCCAACGGUAUGCCUUGACCGAAGUUGGCUAUGUUGUUGUCCGGAUGGCCCAGGAAUUUCGAUCGUUGGAGAGUCGGGAUCCGGGACCGUGGGAGGAAUCGCUGGCUUUGACGCUGUGCUCCCGCAACGGCACAAAGGUUUGCCUCACUCCUGCAUGA